AUGGAACAACCAUCGCAGCCCUCCAAGAAGCGGCGUCUUAUGCCCAAAGAGCCGCCCUCAGCACACAGCUCGAACCACCACAACCACAAUGCGAACCUUCAACCAGCCUCGUUCCCCACAGAAGCGACCCAACAACCGCUCGCCGCCCCCGAGCCGCCUCUCGCCGAACGCCAUGACUUCGAGUCCUUUGCUAGGCACCUCCAAGAUGCCGCCAUGUUGAUCCAGCGCCAAACCGAGCGAUUGCCAUAUGCACAUGUGUCUGUACUUCUACUAAGAUGGGAGGAAGAUACCACUGUCGAAGCGGACCUCGGGGCCCUCGAGACCAUACUUCGCGACCGCUACAACUAUGCCACUGAAUGUUGGAACAUUCCCACCGUCGCCAAUCCCAGCAUCAAGCUCGGCGUGCAGAUGGCCUCCUUCCUGGAGCACGGAGCCCCCGAUCAUCUUCUCAUAAUUUACUAUGCCGGUCAUGGCUAUCUCGGAGCGGACAAUCAGCUUUAUUGGGCCUGCAACACUCGUGACGAUGCCGCAAAACUAAAAUGGGACGGCGUGCGCUGUCUCUUCGAAGAUGCCCAAUCAGAUAUUCUACUGCUCCUGGACUCUUGCUCAGCGCGAGACGUGCCCCUGUCAGGGAGCCACGGCAUCAAGCAAGCCAUUGCCGCAUACACGCCUGAUCAGAAUCCUCGCGAUUCCCCCGGCCGGUCGUUCACCUACCUGCUGAUUGAAGCUCUUCACAAAUUGAGUGCCGGCAGGAUAUUCAGUGUGAAAAAGCUACAUGACGAGGUCAUGUCGCUGAAGCAGCAAGAACUUGCGUCUGCUCUCAAACUGGCCAACGGGAAUGUGACGAGCCCACGUCCAGCCAUCGUCGCCCCCGUACUGUUUACCCUAACCCCCGGAAAGGACCAAAGCUUGAGCCUAGCUCCCUUGCCGGCCCGGACAAGCCGGCUGCUAUCGCCACGCGCAGAUGUCGAUGGAGAGACAACACCGUCCAGACUUUCACGAGAGGACCAGCUCAUUGACCCGGAAUCAGUUUCAGACUUGCGGUUUGACGAAGCAAGAGUCCUUGUCUGCACGACAUUUGUUGGGGACGCCAGUCCAGACAUGUCAUCAUUCAAUGGCUGGUUGCGCAACACGCCGCCCUUGGGGGCCAAGAUCACAGUCGAAGGCAUGUUUUUGGGCCCGCCGACUAUGCUAUUGAUCUCUAUGCCGCACUCUAUCUGGAACGUUGUGCAGCACGAUAAAGUCUGCUGCUUUCUGGGCUACAUCAGCUCUCACAACAUGAUACAUCUUUACCAAAAACUUGUCGGAUCCACAGGUCAUGCUCAAGCUUCAAUUAGAGAUGUUCAGGAUGGCCGGACCCUUCUGGAAGCAAGAGGGCUUGCAGCGACAGCUUCGGGACGGCACAAACGGUCUGUUGACAGUAAGGACGGGCCGUUCCAGGAUAUUGUAAGCCGGUUGGACGCGCCGACUGCCGCCAUGUCUGCAGCUCCCCCUUCAGGCCCGACGGGGCCAAUUGAUGGGAAACAUGAGGUGGAGGACUCUGCUGAGAUGCAGGAGGCAGCAGAGCAGCUCAAAGCCCUCAGCCAUGUGCGGCACCUCAGUGAUGAGGCUGGUCCUUUGGUAGAACGGCAACGCACCACGCUUCCGGACGGCGCAAUGCACCCGAGCCCUGGGGACACGGGCUCAUCGCAUGAUGCUAACGAGUCUGGUGCCGACGAAUCUCUUCACAUUGCUGAACUCAGCACGCCGAAUUCUCGACCGAAGCCUCGGCGGUCUCUCCAGAAGUCGACGCCUAGACAGGAGACUCGAUGCACGCUCUGCAGUCACGAGCCGUUUAAGGAUUCUUCGUCAUUACGAAAACACAUUGCUGCGGCUCAUACGCGACCGUUCCCGUGUGCCUUCUUCUUCGCCGGCUGCGCAAGUACCUUUGGUUCGAAAAAUGAGUGGAAGCGCCACAUUGCAUCUCAACAUCUUUGUCUACAGUACUAUCGGUGCUCUUCGUGUCCACAUAGCACAGCAGAAGGGAAGGGCAAUGAGUUCAAUCGAAAGGAUCUUUUUACGCAGCACCUCCGACGUAUGCAUGCGCCCUUCGCGAUCAAGAAGGCUAUCGCGAAGGGCGAUGGCAAGUUACAAGCCGAAUGGGAUGGCCACGUCAAGGAGAUGCAGCAAUCCUGCCUCGUAACGCGCAGGCUGCCUCCUCAGCGUUCCGCCUGUCCGAAACCAGACUGCAAGAGUGUUUUUGAGGGGCCUGGGUCGUGGGACGAGUGGACAGAGCAUGUCGGCAGGCAUAUGGAAAAAGGUGAAGGCCAGCGGCUAGGUGUAGACCGCCUGCUUGCUAAGUGGGCGCUGGAAGAGAACAUCAUUGAGCGCCAGGAGGAUGGAGAGUACCGUCUGUUGCCCGUCAACGGCACGCUCGACGGCAAUCCGAGAGAAACAGGACGGGAUGCGAUGUCAACACAGAUGCCCGAUACGAAAUCAGAGGAUGUCGAAACGACAAAGGCUGUCGCGGAGCACACCGAGGACAAGAUGGAGGUGGACAACUGA